GUACUAGUGUAGUCUAGAUCGGGUGUUUAACUCUACCACAGAAAACGUAUUGUCUAGCAGCAAGAGCUACACAAGGCUCCCAAUCGUCGCUUUUCCUUACUUUCUUAUUUGGGAAGUGUAAACGCCCGAUUCGCGCCACCAGGCAUGGGAAGUGGAUUGGAGAAACCGUAAACGGAAAUCAAGAUCAUCACGGCACCAAUGACGAACUGCCCAGUGAGAGCUGUUCCAAAAAGGAAAAAGCUGCAUGCCGUAGAAGUAACCACUGAGACUCCAGUGGCCAUUCCUUUCAAUACAUUGUCGGCAUACUUGAUCACAGCGGCGACCAAUAAUCCGCCUCCCGCUUGCAAUGACACCAACACCCAUACCCAAAAGGUGAAUCCAUGGAAAUAUCCUUGACCCGCGGGAACAUCAGUCUGCUUUGCCGAUUGGAAGAUUCCUUGUCCAAUCGCAAUGCAUACACUAAAGAAUGCCAAUUGCAUGUUUCUCAUCCACAAGCUGGGAGCUGGUGCUGUUUGUCCAGCGGCUGCCGGUUUUUUGACGACGUAUUCAAAAUAGACUCCUGCCAAAGCACUCGAGAAGCAGGCGGUAGUGACGGAUACCAAUCCGACAAAUAGAUUUUGCGAGCCCGAUUCUUCAUUGUCUUUGCUGCCCCCUUUUUCGCCCAGGACCACAGUGGCAACCCCCAAACUGAGGAAUACCAGGCAAACCCAUUGUUGGAAUGAAUAUUUGCGCUGCAACAUAAUGACACUAACCACGGCCGUGGUAACCAAUUUUGCCUGGUAAGUGACUUGGAAAAUGGGAGCUGUCAAGUUGGACAGUGCCACAUACAGCAGUGUAUUUUGCAGCAGGUACAAAAGUGCUGGGACAAGAAUCUUGAGCGCAUCGACGGGACGAUCCAGAAUGUGAAGUUGGAUCGACGACAUGAGCUGCCCAUUGGUUCCUUGGUAUUCCAAAGCACAUGACAAGAUGAACUGAAAAAAUAAGUAAAAAAAUAAUUUGGGUGACAACGAGAGAAAAAGUCAUGAGCACCAAUGCACACGAAUCGCAUGAUUCGAAUCAAAUUGAAUCGAAUCUAAAAUCCAAAAACAAGAAUGAGGCACCAACCUUGAGCAUUUCACAAGUGCAAAUCAAGUGAUUGACCGAGUAAAGCUCCUCUUUUGGCACUGAGGAUCGAGUGUGUCUUCCCACCAACACGGUACUGGAGUUUUGGGCUACCAUCAUGACGAGAAGGAGCAGUUUGAAUUGUUGAGAGGCAGUCCCAUCCUUGGUCUUGUCCGUUGCUGCAUUCUUGGGGGGACUCUCAGUAGCAUUUCCAGUCAAGGGCUUCAUCAAGGAAUCGUCUUUUUGGUCCGACAUUGUUUCUUCUUUUAUUAUCUUCAGCACUGCCUCCUGGAAAGUCAAAGAGCUCACUUGAAAAUGACAAAAGACAAAAACCUUGCGACCAUCACCUUGAUCGCGGUGCACAAACCAGCCGUUCAAAAUAACAAUGACCUAUGUGACGCGGUAUCCAUGAUUGCGAGUCCUGGUUCGUUACAAGAUGGGCGACCUCAACAAUUUUGAAGCGCCUCACUUUCCAAAAUUUUGUUUUCGGUUCCGAGGUGUGAUGAUGAGGAUCCCUGUUGACUGCUGAGUAAAUCAAAGCUGUUCUUCCUAUCCACCCGUCCCGUACAUAGUGUCUUGUCUAUCAUACUCAUCAGUAUUAGUUAAUCAAUCAGUUGGAGUAGCAAACCAUGAGUGCCUCUAGCACUACUACGAGCUCUUCCAACAUGCAUUCCACGGAGGGGAGUUCGGUGACCUCCGUGUCCGACUCCUACACCACGACGAGUUACAGCACCGUGGAUCCUCCGUCUCAUCUAGACAUGAAAGUCCACAGCGAGAGAUCAGUAAUCUCUGCCAUGUCUGAUCCAUCCGCUGCUUCGGUUUCCACGGCUCAUGCCCAAAAUACAUCCUUGUCCAACAUGCCCGUCUUCUCCCCCGUGCUAGAAGAAACCAGUUCAGCCCUCGAAGAUGCAUCUUCCUAUGGUGGAGUCACCAACAACAGAACCGGAAACUCUCAUGACACUGGUGGAAACUCUACUGUCAGUUCGGCGCGUUUGCGGACUUCGGUAGAUGCGGAAGGUGUUAACAUCGAAAUCACCAACACAAGCAGUCUUCCUCCUUCGCCCGUGGGGCCGGUCUUGCCAUUGGAGUGCGAUUACGACAAAAAUCCUACUGAACUCUAUCAUGCUAUUGAAUCGAAAAACUGGGAAAUCAUCGAGACUCUCUUCAACGAUGAACCCCUCAAGGCACAGCGACAGGUGGCCACUUGGGUGACCAGGAAAGAAACCAAUGGAAAGUUGCGUUGGAGAUUGCUACCCAUUCAUGCGGCCAUCAUUUUUCAGUCGCCCUCCAACAUUGUGGCCAAACUAUUGAACCAUUGUCCCGAGGCUGCACAGGCAAAGGAUGAUCAGGGCAUGUUGCCCUUGCAUCUGGCCUUUCGUACCAAGAAUACGGACUGGGAGGCCAUUGAGGAACUCAUUAGUGCGAAUCCAAGUGCUAUCUUUGCCAGAGACCGAAAAGACAGGACUCCUCUCGAAUGUGGGGCUGCAGCAGCCAAUGCGGCCAUCAUGGCAGAAGUUUCGGCAAAGGCUGCGACAGAGAGCGAAGCUUCGACUGCAGCUGGAUCCAAAAAGUCGGGCUUGAUGAGGGCUCUCUCUCCGAGGGCAAAGGCCGCCCCCUCCACGACCCGAUCAUCCAGCAGCAGUAGCCUUGGCGGACGCACUGUCUCGCCGGAAGUGCAAAAGGCAAUCUUCGCUGCCAUGGACAUGUACUCGCAGAUCUCUGUGCAAGAUCAACUUCAGAGUGCCAUGAACACGAGCCGCAAGGCUUUGGAAGCACGCAUUGGAGCUGUCCAGGACAGUCAUGUGGCCACCUUGACCCAACUCAAGAAGGACUGGGAAAAUCAGAGGCAGGAUCUCAACCAAAAGAUACAGGGUUAUCGCAGCGAAAUUCAAAACUUGAAAUCGGACUUCAACAUUCAGCAGGAGUUACUCGAAGAAAAGGUGAGGACGGAAAUGGAACUUGUGGACAAGUUAACCGAGGUCACGACGGCUCUAGAAUCCAAAACUGUAUUUGACGACGCGGCGGUCGGGGAGAUUGCACGAGAUAUUACUAUUCAUUCGGCUGAUCUGGAGAAAUCCAACAAGCAGGUAGACGCCCUGAAGAGACAGAACAAGGAACUUUUGCUCUUGCUUGAAACUCUUUUGGAUCAGCAAAACUCUUUGAAGCUCUCGCUCGACAAGCUUGCUUGGGAUUCCAAUGCCAAGAACCAGGAACAAAAAGAGCUACUCAACAAGUACAUGCUGAGCUCGGAGCAAUCGACUGAAAUGUCGGAAUCGUUCUCCUCGGAAUGGCAGUCGCGACUGGAAACCACUUCGAUUGAUGUGUCCACAAAAUUGAGUAAGAUUCUCAGGGAGCAAAAGUCAACCUUGGCAGGAUACGAUGGUGAAGAAAAGAAGGAAAAUAGUGGUGUGAUUAGUGUUGCCAGCAGCCGGAAAGACCCUUGAGUUAUGUCGUCGUCGUCACCCCUGGUAUGGCAAAAGUUCCAGCCAACAAUCAGCAAAGUCACGGAUACAGUAUCAAUAUAUGCAGAUUACAUGGUAGUAGCAGAUAUAUCAUCUAUCGAUCUAUUACAUGUAGAUAGUUAGCAGAUACCGGUAGCCGGGAA